AUGUCUCAGGCUCACAGGAACGAAAGUUAUUACCAGUGCUGCUCGGGAUUCUGCAUAGACUUGCUGCAGAAGUUUUCCGAAGAGCUGGGCUUCACAUACGAGCUUGUCAAGGUCGAAGACGGCAAAUGGGGAACGAACGAAAAUGGGAAAUGGAAUGGUUUAAUUGCAGAUCUUGUCAAUCGGAAAACGGACAUGGUUUUGACGUCGCUCAUGAUCAACGCGGAACGGGAGGCUGUGGUGGAUUUCAGCGUACCAUUUAUGGAAACCGGGAUUGCAAUAGUUGUGGCGAAACGUACGGGCAUUAUCUCUCCCACUGCAUUCUUGGAGCCGUUCGAUACCGCAUCGUGGAUGUUGGUAGGGGUUGUUGCAAUCCAGGCGGCUACAUUCACAAUAUUCCUGUUCGAGUGGCUCUCGCCCAGCGGUUUUAAUAUGAAGGUGUCAUUUAAUCAGGAUCAAUUAGUUAUCGUAAAGACUCUGGCUGUCCUUCAACAAGUCGUUCAAUACAUUAACACAUCGAAGCAGUUCAUGAGAGUCGUGAGAGUGUUGCUGAGAGUCCAGGAACAUCAAUACCGCACCGUCCUCAAGAAUUGGACUCCAGAAACUCUCUACAGCGUAAAGGGUCCAUCGCCGUCUCACAGAUUCUCCCUCUUCCGAACGUACUGGCUAGUCUGGGCUGUCCUCUUCCAAGCUGCUGUACACGUAGACUCGCCCAGAGGUUUCACAGCCAGGUUUAUGACCAACGUAUGGGCGAUGUUUGCUGUUGUCUUCCUUGCCAUUUACACUGCCAAUCUUGCCGCCUUCAUGAUCACGAGAGAAGAAUUUUUCGAGUUCGCAGGCAUUGACGACCACCGUUUAGCGAGACCGUAUUCACACAAACCAACGAUAAAGUUCGGCACCAUACCCUGGUCGCACACAGACUCCACACUGGCGAAAUACUUUAAAGAGAUGCACGCUUACAUGAAGCAAUUCAACAAAUCAACGGUGCUCCAGGGAGUGGCUGACGUACUGAGCGGCGAAAUGGAUGCCUUCAUAUACGACGGAACCGUGUUGGAUUACUUGACGUCCCAGGACGAGGACUGCAGAUUGCUUACAGUCGGGUCGUGGUACGCUAUGACGGGAUACGGAUUAGCCUUCCCCCGGAACUCCAAAUACUUGAAGAUGUUCAACAAAAGACUGCUCGACUUCCGAGAAAACGGGGACCUGGAGCGCCUGCGCCGCUACUGGAUGACCGGCGUCUGCAAGCCGGGGAAGCAGGAACACAAAAGUUCCGAUCCCUUAGCUUUAGAACAAUUUUUAUCUGCGUUUCUGUUAUUGAUGGCGGGCAUACUGCUCGCGGCGCUUCUCUUGCUUUUAGAACAUUUAUAUUUUAAGUACGUACGAAAACAUUUAGCGAAAACGGAUAGGGGCGGCUGCUGCGCCCUGAUCAGUCUCUCCAUGGGGAAAAGCCUGACGUUCCGGGGGGCGGUAUACGAAGCUCAGGACAUCCUCAAGAAUCACCGUUGUAGGGAUCCAAUUUGCGACACUCAUUUGUGGAAAGUAAAACGUGAACUGGAUGUAGCUCAAAUGAGAAUAAAGCAAUUAGAGAAGGAGAUGGAAGUGCACGGGAUAAAGCCCCCGCCUCCCUGCAAACGGUGA